CGCCCGGCUACACCAAUAUUUUCCCCUUCUCGCAGCCAGGAGCAAAUCACCUGCACCACAAGGAAGCCAGUCAUUCAAGAUGUUCCCCACGCGAGCCCUCCUCGGCCGCUCGGUCUGGAAAGGCCCCAACAUCGUCCCUCUCCCCCUCCCGCGCAAACUGCCCGCUCCCCCCGGCACGCCGCCGAUCCGCACGCAGAAACGCGCCGCGACCAUCCUGCCGAACUUCGUCGGGCUGAAGUUCUCGAUCCACAACGGCAAGACCUACCACGACGUGCUGAUUACCGAGGAGAUGGUGGGCCGGAAGUUGGGGGAGUUCGUGCCAACUCGCAAGCGUUUCACGUACAAGAUGUCGAAGAACAAAUAGAUCUUGUUUCUAUUUUGCGGGAGGCAUGGGGGCCAUGUCUGGGGUUGUGGAUCGAUA